ACACUUCCGCUGAAGCGCCAUUUCCUGGGAUUUCAAAGAUAGUUUACAAGAAACUAAGGCCUAGUUACCGAGUAUUUAACAUAAGAGUGCAGAUUGUGUAUAGAUCACAAUGAUCGAGAGUGUGCAGGUACGUCAGAGAGGGGCGUAUGACUUUGAAACACACUACGAUAAUUUAUGUGCUCUACAAGAUUCAUGUCCAUUGCCAGCAGUGAAAGCUCACCUUUCACAAGGUGUGUUAGAUCUAAAUGGAGAUAGAAUCAGAGCAAAUGACUGGAUGCCAGUAUUAAACACAUUAAGAAUCAACAAAAGUCUAGAGUUUGUAGCCAUAAGAAGUUAUUAUACACCACCCUCUGAUGAAAAUGAGAAGAGAGCAUUGAUAGAGAAACGUAAAACACCAUCUGUGAGAUCUAAAGAGAUUACAUAUAGAAUGUGUAAAGCAUUAAAGGAGUGUCUAGGUGUGACACCAAAUCUAACAUGUCUUGAGCUACAGGGUUUACCACUGAGAGAGAGGGACCUGACAACACUGAUGAAGGGAUUGGUGAAGAACAGCACAAUGAAUCAUCUGUCUUUAGAAUAUUGCAGAAUAGGUGACGCAGGACUAGACAUUGUAUGCAAGGGAAUCAAGAAUUCCACUUCUAUCAACUCAGUUAAUUUCACUGGGUGUAGUUUGACAUCAAAAGGUGCUGACUCCCUGGCUAAAGUUAUCAAGCACCAGGGAACUAGACGGCAUAAUGAAGCAUGGCGUGACAGUUUGCGAUACCGGAGACCAGAUCUCGACAGAAUGCCCGGCAUACGUAGAAUCACUAUAAACAAUAAUCCUAUGAUGGGUGAUCAAGGGGCAGCACUCUUAGCAGAAGCUUUAAAAGAUGAUCUCUGGUUAAAAGCACUUGACAUGCAAGGUAAUGGGAUAUCAUCAAAUGGGGCAAAAGCUUUGCUAGAUGUUCUCAAGUAUAACACUACAUUGGUGGUGCUUGAUGUACGGCGAAACCCUUUAAUAGAUCGUGACUUGGUACAUGCUAUUAUGGAACAGUUGAUGAUCAAUUGUAAUGGACAAGAUACUGAGUAUAAAUGGAUUAAAGCAGACGAACCAUCAGACAAAGGAAAUCAGGGGAAGAAGAAAAGAACGAAAACUCUGAACAGUAGUUUCGGCAGGAAGACCACUAUAAGGAUAACACCAGGUGCAGCAAGGAGAAGAACUAGGUCGGCUGAAUCUAUCGGUGUCAGUAGACGUAUGAAACCAAUCAGUUCGGAAGAUGUGAAAAGUGGACCUGGUCUGCCAUGGAGGACGGCUGCACGUGCUAAUAGAUACAGAGGUUAUCCACCAGAACAUGUUCCUGGACACACAAGUUUGAUGGAGAAGAGUGAGAAUUAUGCUCCACAAAACACUCUCAACUACUCCUCCAUUAAUAUCACUCACCAUGACGACGAUGAGGAGGAGGAGACUGAGUCAUCCAUGCAGGAAGAAUUCGACAGAAUUAAACUGGACGACAGUGCACUGUCGACAGCUGUCACAGGAAAAGGAAUUAAGGUGGAGAUAAUACAGUUACGCAGGCAGAUUAAUGAGGAGAGGCUAGCACGACACAAGGCCGAGCAAAAAGUUGUUGAGCUGACACUGGAUAAUAAGAAACUACGCGAGGAAAACAGCAGGUUGAAGCGAUCACGUGGUAGUAUACUCGAUGAUGAUUCUGUACUAGAGAGCAUCGAAGCUUCUUUCAAACAGUUCCACGAGUUUCUCGAUCUGCUGAGAGAUGCUGGACUUGGAAAACUGAUAACCAUGGCGGGGCUUGAUUCUGAAGGUUCACCUUUCAACUCAAAUGCACGAGAUCACAUUCAAAGCUUCCAUAAGUCUUUUUCGAAAUCCAAUGGAUUUUCUGGAGACAUUUCAUCAAACGGUCAUGUGAAUAGUUCAUUUGGAGUGUCGGAGAAACCAAUUAAUGGAAACAUUAGGCCUAAACCGUACUUAAGUACUUCAUAUAGCCAAGAUCCAACUAUGAACGAGUCGCAAGAUCAAAGCGGAUAUAUUAAUGACUCGCAUGAUGAGGCUCAGAAACGUCGAGAUGAAUUGUAUGAAAGAAUUUUAAGAGACACUAGCAACGCAUUUAAUAGAAUCGGUGAACAAAACAUAACAUUGAAUGUUUCCGCAGAUACCACCGGGACUCAAGUGGACGACAAAUAUGCUGACGACUCCAGGGAUGAUAGUGAUUUAAAACCGGGGUUAAAGUCACCAGAGAAGGGUCAGAGAUCGAGAAUUCCGAGACUCGGUGGGAAAAAGCGCGGACCGGACUCGGACACUGAUAAUGAGAGGUCACUGGUAUCUGAUAAAAUAGAUAACCUUAAAGGUCCCGGUGGUGAAAUUAUAAUGUCACUUUCACCAUUUGAUGAUGAAAAUGUUGGUAACGAGUCGCCAGACCGUAGAGAAGAUGCUUCUCCAGAGCGGGGUGGACAGACUUCAAGGGUUAGUGAUUUUAGUUACGGAAUGGACAGUUUUGAACAGUCAUAUGUUAGCGAACGAGGUGAAGUCGUUCAUUUGGGAGAUGAUAUGGAUUACCCAGAAAGUCCAUCACCUAUAAGACAAGACAGUGAUAAUGAAGAUUUUUAAAGGAAAAAUAUUGAUAGUGCUGAAGUAUUAAAACAUUCAUUUUCUUUUAGUUAUGGUGAAAUCCCCAAAAGAGAGACCCAGUCGUGAUUUGCUAAAAAACAACUUUUUUUAAUUGAAAAUCUUUUGUUUUGUUUGUAUCUAAUAGUAACAUAAGCCAAGGUACAGGAGUGUAAUAAAGCCGUUAUAUAAAAAUGAUAAUUGUAGGAACACUGUUAACCAUUAUUAUAUCAGAUAUGUGAUAAAUAUGAUAUUUUCUAAGUGUAGAUUCAAUACUUAAUUUUAUUGAACUCGUUGAAUAAAACAAUAUUAUGCUCGCCAGAGGCUCGCAAAAUAUGAUUUUAUUCAACUCGUUAAAUAAAUUUAGUAUUAAAUUAUUAAGAUCAUUAUUAAACUCAUUCAAUAUCCUCUAUUUAUUUAAAAGAAGAUUUUUUCUGUAUUAAGCUUAUAAGUUUAUAAUAGAAAUUAAAUUUCUUAUGACUAUAAACAUUUUAUCAUAGCUUUGUCUGAAAACAAAAGUUUGUUGUAAAACUGUUUUACAGAAUAUAUUUAGAUCUGUUGUUGAUAUUUAAUUGAAACCUAAUGGAAGUUUUUGUAUGACAACAUAAAUAUUAAUUGAAAAUUAGAGCUGUCAUCGAUAGAAACAAUAUUCAUGGACCGUUGAUAUUUUUCUCUCGAUCAAUAAUGGAGACACAUUAAAAAAAACAGCAAUAAUUUAGAUUAAUUAAUUAAAUGUUGAGAAAUUAUGAAAAUUCACGUAAAACAAAUACAGAAGCAGGUGUCGGUGUCUAACACUGUGCUGUUGAAAUAUUUCAUAGCAAUGAUGACAAAAAAAAAAAAAAUGAUCCGGAAAAAAGUCAUGCAAUGGACAUUUAUACAAAAGACACUGUACAGAACAUGUAUUUUACAGAAAUCAUUUAAACAGGUAGGAAAGUGAAGGACAGACAUGUAUUUAUAGGUAACUAUCGACAUAUUGGUGUAUCCUUGAUAUUUGUCAUCCGAUAUCAUAAUAAAUUGUUGAUAUGCUUUGCACUGAAUCAAUGACAGCUCUAUGGAAUAUAUAUUAAAUAUUUAAAAGUUAGUGAAACAGAUCAUAUCUCACAAACUAUUGAAAAUUUAUUUUUUAAAUUCAUUGCAUUAUUAAAGGGACUCCACUGAGGUUUUUUGAUGUGAAGGGACGUGGUGAAUACCACAGUCUUUGAUAGAAUUUUUUUUCCCCAUUUGUUUCAUGCUGAAAAUCUCUGCUUUAGUAGUGUUUAUUUUAUUAUUUUUUUUAGUUUUUGUUUUUUUAUAACUAAACUUACAAAACAAAUGCUGAUAACUAUAAAAGGUGCGUAACUUGUAUCUGUGAUGUACUUGUUUUUUUUUUCUUUUUCUUUUUUUUGUUUUUUUUUUUUUAAAUUUUAAUUUCUUGCUUUCAAGUUUCUCUCAGUUUUGCUUCUUUUGAGCAAGCUCACUAUUUUUCCUCUGCACUUUGUAAAUUAAACAGCUGGUAAUGUGUAUUUGUUUUUAUUAUGAUACUUCUCCAUAUAGUGAUCCAAUGUUCUUGCAACAUUUAGUAGGGGUGUCACGGUUAGCCAAAUUGAUAAACCUUUCAAUUGGCGACUUAAAAUGUUUAAUCGCCCGUAGUAACAAAAUUCUUAAAGUUUCAACAUAAACUUGGUUUCUUUAUGACAAGAUAUGACAUUUUGUUCGUAUUUUUUUUGUACUCCACAAUGCUUACAAAAGUAACUAAUUAAGAAUGUACCGUACAUGAUCAAACAACUGAAAUAUAAAAAGAAUGUCAUAUCUUGCAAUUAAAAAAUUACCUGGGGGCGUCCAUGGCCGAGUGGUUAAUGUCGUUGACUUCAAACUACUUGCCCCUCACCGCUGUGGGUUUGAAUCCCGACAGGGACUUUGAUUCUUUCAUGUGAGAAAGCUAUCCAGCUAGCUUACGGAACGUCGGUGGUUCUACUUAGUUGCCUGUUCGUGCCUGAAAUAAUGCACGGAAGGGCACCUGAGGUCUUCCUCCACCAGUAAAGCAGGAACAUCGCGAUAUGACCUAUACUGUGUCGAUGUGACGUAAAACCCAAAACAAACAAACAAACAAAAAAUUAAGUAAUGUUUAGAUUUUUUUUUUUAAUUUUAAAUCGGCACUUUGUCAAAUACUUACCUCAGUUACCGGUUAUUGAGUUUCCUAACUGGGUUUUUAGUUAAAAACGGAAAUACCCGUUUAAAUGGGUAAACGUGAUACCCCUGACAUUUAGUUUGUCUCCAUGUCUGUGAUAUGUGUAAUAAUAAACUGUUUUAACCAUUAUUUAUAUUAAUUUUAUUGUAUGUUUGAUAAAUAAUCAUGUUUUACAUAAAGUAUUUGGUAGGUAGAUGAUUUAAAGGCUCAUUUACCCUUAGAAAUGGGAAUAUUUUUUAUAUUUUUCAGAAAGGGUAAAUUUGUGUUCCAUAAGUUGAAUGAAACAAUUCAAAUUUUGUAGAUUAAUAUUAAAAAAAACAACAACAACAUUUCAAAAGAAAUAGCUUUAUAACUUUUAGAAAUUUAUUUAGAAUAUGUUUGGUAAUUAUAACCUACAGAAAGUAGUGCUGAAUGUCAAAUAAUUUGUCAUAAAAGUAACCAAAUUUUACAUUGUAUUAAAGCAAAGUGGUAUUUUGACUAACUUACAUAUACAUAGUACUAAAUCAUUAUAUCUGUACGAAUUGGCAUAAUGCUAAACAGGUAAAAACUGGUUCACCUAUAUGGUCAAUGAGCAUAUUUAAAGAAAAACGGCAACAGGACUUCCAAGAAUAAUAAAAAAUAUAACCAUUUCUGAGGCUAAAUGGUCCUUUAAAGUAUUUGUAGUCUAUGAGUGAAAAUAAAAAAUAAGGUAAAAUCAAUGUAUAUUUUUAAUAUCAAUCAAAUUUCUUGUCUGUGAAAUUGGUUUCUUGCUGGCUACUUCUGAAAAUAUUAAACCUCAGCUAUUAAUGUCUGUUUGGUUAUAGAAUUGGUUACAGAACUGUAUGCUUAUAUCAGAAUUUUCUAUUUCUACAAAACACCAAAAUGACAAAAAUGUUAUGCUAAUAUCAGAAU